CACUUCACAAUCGUAUCAUCUUUUUACAUGGGACAUGCGAAACGUUUUACACAACGGCGAAGGGUUAAUUCCAGUUACAUCAAUAGUAGCAUUUUCUUGCAAUAGGCCUGUGAAAGAAGUCUUGAUUGAUCUGAGUCUUUCUUUGUUGUUGUCUCUUGACUGAUUUUUCGUCAUUCUUACGAUGUGGUGUCACCGGGCGAUGCUGCGCGCUCUGCGGCCCGUUUGUCGGCGCUCCUCCAGUACGGCGGGCCCGGCAACCCCUGUCGAGCCGUCCUCCUCUGCCGAGCCGCCGCCGCCCCCAGCCGAGCUGCCACCGCGGCCACACGUGCCUGUGAUGCCGGCAGAGGUGUGCUCCCUGCUGGCCCUCCGACCCGGAGACACCGUCAUUGACAUGACGUUCGGUGCAGGAGGUCACACGGAGCGUCUGCUCGAGUCCGUCCCCGGUCUGACGGUGUACGCUCUGGACCGCGACCCCUCGGCGUUCGCGCGCGCCCGCCGUCUGUCGGCCGAGUGGCGCGGAUCGGGCCGAGUGGUGCCGCUGCUGGGCAGGUUCAGCGAGCUGCCACGCCUCCUCACAGAAGCGGGCGUUCGGCCCGGCUCGGUGUCGGCCGCUGUGCUCGACUGCGGCUGCUGCAGCACCCAGUUGGAGGACGCCGGCCGCGGCUUCUCCCUGGCGCGAGACGGGCCGCUCGACAUGCGCAUGGACGGCCAGCGGGCCACCGACGCGCCCACGGCCGCCCAGCUGCUGGCGCACGCCUCCGAGGCCUCCCUGGCGCGCAUCAUCCGCGCCUACGGCGAGGAGCCCAUGGCCAGGAAGAUCGCGCGCGCCAUCGUGGAGGCGCGCUACAUGCUGCGGCCGCUGCGCACCACCGGCGAGCUGGCGCAGCUGGUGCGCGCCGUCUGCCAGCGCGAGCGGCGCGACAAGCUGGGCCGGCCGGCGCACGCCGCCACGCGCACCUUCCAGGCGCUGCGCAUCUUCGUCAACGACGAGCUGAACCAGCUGCAGGCCGGCGUGGCGGCGGCGCACGGUGCGCUGCGGCCGGCCGGUCGGCUGGCCGCCCUCUCCUUCCACUCGCUCGAGGACCGGGUGCUGAAGGAGGCGCUGCAAGCGAGCCCGCUGAGCGAGGAGGCCGGCCGGCGCCACCGGACCGGCCGGCACGGCGCCGCCCUCUGCGCCCCGGACCCGGCCCUGCUGCCGCCGGCUCAGCUCAAACGCUGGCGGCCCGUCAACCGGCGCGUGCUGGUGCCCAGCGAACAGGAGGUGGCGCACAACCCGCGCAGCCGCUCCGCCAAACUGCGAGUGGCGGAGAAGUGCGGUGGAGAGGAGGAGCUCUGAAACCGCAGGUAUGUGCCCACGGUAUGUCGGCAGACAACCCAGUGACCGGUGUUAUUGUUCGCCUGUUGGUGCUUGACCAGUGUAAUAAAUUGGAUUCAGUUGCUCA